GACAGGCCAGUCAUCUUCAUCGAUGCAGGCUUCCACGCCAGAGAAUGGAUUGCUCCGGUCACCGCCAUCAACUUCAUAUCGAAAUUAGUGAACACAUCUGAUCCCGUCAUGAACUUUUUGACUCUCCAAUACGAGUUCUACAUCCUCCCAUUGGCUAAUCCCGACGGCUAUGAGUACUCGUGGAUCAAAGACAGGUUGUGGCGGAAAACAAGAUCAAGGUAUGAUGAUUCGACCAUUUGCCUUGGAACUGAUCUAAACAGAAAUUGGGAUUUUUUCUGGGCCGGUGAAGGCACCAGCAAAAAUGUGUGCAGAGAAAAUUAUUGUGGCCCAAAUGCUUUUUCUGAACCAGAGGCAAGAGCAAUCGCUUCAUUCAUACUCAGCAAAUCGGCUAACAUGAUAGUUUAUCUAAGCUUUCACUCAUAUGGACAACUUUUUCUAGCUCCUUGGGGCUACACAACCAAAGUUCCAGCGGAUUUUUAUGAUAUGGUUAGUUUGCAACGAACAGAAGCCAUUGAAGCUAUAAGAAAAACGACAGGAGCAAAAUACAACGUUGGGUCAACUGGGCGGAUACUGUACUUAGCCUCGGGAGCAUCGGAUGACUGGGUCAAAGGUGUAGCAGGCGUCAAAUAUUCCUACACCUUGGAACUGCGAGAUACGGGAACACAUGGUUUUCUCUUACCGGAAAGUGAAAUUCAGGAGACAGCUCUGGAA